GCCACUCACUCACUCACUCUCUCAACUCACUUACAAAUCAGUCAGUGAGUCAAGACAACCCAAAGAUCGCACACAGAUACCAUGGAAACAAGGCAAAUAGACUCCUCUGAUCCCUUCGAGGAUGUCCUCAACCUCGAAGAGCGAUUUUACUCAGAAGGCUACCAACAAGGCAUCAAAGACGGCGUUCAGGCUGGGCGGAUUGAAGGACGAUCUUUUGGUAUGCAAAAGGGCUUUGAGAAGUUCCUCGAAAGUGGCCGUCUUGCCAGUAAAGCUAUCGUAUGGGCGAACCGAAUACCACACAACGGCGGUACUACCUCAGGAGAGGCUUGCACAUUACCACCACUACCCAAGAAUGCAAGACUGGAGAAGAACAUCAACACUUUGUAUGCUCUCGUAGAGCCAGAUACACUUUCGACGGAGAACUCGGAUGAUGCGGUUCAAGAUUUCGAUGACCGGGUGAAACGGGCACAAGGAAAGGCCAAGAUUGUCGAAAAGAUGGCUGGCAGUGGUGGAAGAGAGACAUCAGGAGCAUCACCAGCAGCCUGAGAACAUCGGAAAUGGAUUCGGAGUUUGGUUUGGGGUAUGAAGGCUGAAAUCGGGAACAUCGGUAUCAAAGACUUUCAUACUUGAAAAAGGAACAUCAUCUGCAUUGUCAAUGGAAAUUCUAUACCCUCACUACCUCAUAAUUUGUAUCCACAACCACCCUCUUCGCUUCUAAUUUAUUUGAACGAUCUGCAAGGGUAUCUGUAACAGUCAGCACAUCUCCCCUUCACAAUUUACCAGCGUCUGCAACGUACCCUUCACCAUAAGAUGUCUCUGUCACCUCAUACUUGUGUACAUCCCACUUUCCAGUUACCAAGGUCUGGCCACUGGGCAGAGGAGGCAUACCAUUAACGAACACAUCCUUGGUCGCAUCGGUCGCCUUCUCGAGAGCCUUUGCCAAACCAGUCUCGGAUUCCUGCUUGACAGCCACGAGCUGCUUCUCACCAGCUUCACCGAUGAGCUCGACCUUGGGAGCCGCAGCGCUGCCGACAGUGAGGAGCUGGGCGAACUGGGAUUGGUUGACGACGCUAAGCUGGGGGUAGUUUCGGCGGUUGUCGCGCUUCCAGUAGGGGUUGUCGGCGAUGUCGCCGGCGGGCAGCGUAACUGGGUCGUCGUACUCGAGAGGAGGGUUGGCGCCGGGUGGAGGGUUUCGGAAGUGAGGGUUCAGAGGGACACCGUUGGAUCGCUCAGGAUCGAUGGCCAUGAAGCGACGGAAGGCCUCCCAGAUGCCCGUCGACUGGAGGGUUUGCUUCUGUACGACAGAGGUCCUGUUAGCGGCUGUGUGUCAUGUAUUGGCUUUCAUGAUGGAUGUGCGAGGUAAUUCGAACGUAGGGGCUGCGGUCGAGGGGCCAUUGGGAGGCAUUGGGUUCGGAGGUUUGUUCAUGAGUCGUACCUUGGCGAUGCUGACCACAUUGUUGGCGGCUUUGGCCGCUUGGGACGACAUGAUGGCGGUGGUAGGCUGAUGAAGGCUGUCGUUGAGGUUCGGGUGAUGGAAUCGAUUCCAAGUUGAAAUGGCGUCGUGAUUAUUGGCUGACCAGGUUGGUUUAGCCGAGGCUCCACCGAGAGACGCGAACUACCCUAUAGACUUACACGUUCCGAAGGUGCUGCCGCAUAUGUGGUUUCGGUCUCAUAGAUGACUAUAAAAUUUAUACGGAGUAGUACUGGCA